AUGUCCAUCAGUGAAAGUUUUAUACAAAAGGCACUUGAUAAUGUUGCUAAAAAUCUAAGAUACGUCGAACUAUUGAGAAAAAUGCAACGUCUCCCGAAAGAUCUUAAAUUUAUCUUAUUAUGGACACCAAAAGACUUUGCACCAUUCUAUUAUUUCGGUAAAGGGCAACGUGCAUUCAUCACGAAUAAAUGCUCCAUGAUCAACUGCUAUGUUACUGAUGAUAAGAACUUCUUCGGUGGUGAUUUAACAAAAUUUGAUGCCAUAGCAUUCAACGGUCGAAAUAUCAGCAAGCUGUCAAAAUACAAGCUUCCGAAGCAACGAUCGCCUCAUCAGAAAUACAUUUAUUUCAACAUUGAGUCGUCUGAUUAUUAUCCAGUUUGCAGCCGUAUGUUUGAUGGGUUUUUCAAUUGGACAGCUACAUAUAAAUUGAAUUCCGAUAUUUUGUUCACAUAUGUACAGAUAAGAAAUCGCAGUGGAGAAAUUGUUGGACCAAAGAGAAAUAUGGAAUGGGUGAAAAAUACGUCAUUUAAAAAGGAUUUUUCUAUAUUGCGAAAUAAGAGUAAAGCAGUUGCUUGGCUUGUAUCAAAUUGUAACGACAGAAGCGGAAGGGAUGAAAUUGCCAUGUACCUGCACAAGUAUUUACGACGAUAUAAAUUAACCAUAGAUAUAUAUGGAUUUUGUGGUCGUCGCAAAUGUCCUAGAGAUUUAAUGAAUAGCUGCCUCAACAUGUUAGGACAGAAAUAUUACUUUUAUUUAUCUUUUGAGAAUUCUUUCGCAGAAGAUUAUGUGACUGAGAAACUUUUAACAGCUCUAAAUCAUAACAUGAUACCUAUUGUGUACGGUGGUGCAGAUUAUUCAAGGUUUUUACCUCCGAACACGUACUUGGAUGCUUUGCAGAUGAGACCUAAAGAAUUGGCUGACACCAUAGUGCAUUUGAUGAUUUCACCAGAGCAGUAUAUUCAGUAUUUCUGGUGGAAGUCUCAGUACACGUACGCGCAGACUAUGGACAGCGUGUGCGCAGUGUGUGCCGCGCUUAAUAAUAAAACUAUGAUGGAGACAAGAACGGUUUACGAUGAAUUUAGAAUCUGGUGGAACCCCAGAUAUAGAAUACGAUGUAAAUCUCCGUAGUUUUUGUUGUUGUAUUUGGGCUCCGUGAAUUUAGCAUGUCGUGACAUCUGU